CCUAGCCUGUAGAUGGAAUAUCUAGAAGCGGAAAUUUAAAGAGUCUAUGUUGGAUGGAAUGUUUGUAAUGUAAGCUUCCUGGUUACUGAGAACCAAGUCGCGUCUGUACUAGAGCCUCAAGCAACCCUUGGAGUCUACGUACCGAGACUUUUGUAUGUAACAUCAGCCUUUGUCUUACUUAUUAUAAACACCCCGUGGGACCCUCCCUUUCCACGCGAAGUCGCCUCUACUACACCUCUCAGAAUCUUUGCCCUAUCCCAAGGUCUCUUCCCACAUACCUACAUCUUAUAGGAGUUGGGAUCACCAAAUAAGGCAAUAUGGGUCGCAUUCUCACUCACGCUACCCUCCUUGGGCUUCUGGGGCUUGUCUCCGCGGGCUGUCCCUUUGCCGACCCUAGUGGGCUUCAUGCCCGAGCAGACGGUGGUGACACUGACCCAGUGCUCGGCGCUAUGGUGGAUGAUAGCAACGGCUACUUUACUGACGACGUUGGUGGACAAAUCCAAGAACAAGACAGCCUGAGGGCCGGCGAAAGAGGUCCUACACUAUUAGAAGACUUCAUCUUUCGCCAAAAGAUACAACAUUUCGAUCAUGAGCGGGUCCCUGAACGAGCAGUCCAUGCGAGAGGUGCUGGCGCUCAUGGAACAUUUACAAGUUAUGGUGAUUGGAGCAACCUGACAGCGGCCUCGUUCUUAGGCACUGCUGGCAAAGAGACGCCUGUCUUCGUACGAUUCUCUACUGUAGCAGGAUCCCGGGGAAGCGCUGACACGGCUCGUGAUGUUCACGGCUUUGCAACGAGAUUCUACACGGAUGAAGGCAAUUUUGACAUUGUUGGGAAUAAUAUCCCGGUGUUCUUCAUUCAAGAUGCGAUUAGAUUCCCAGAUCUAAUCCAUUCGGUGAAACCAAGCCCUGACAGCGAGAUACCGCAAGCUGCUACCGCUCACGACUCAGCUUGGGAUUUCUUUUCUCAACAACCUAGUACUCUUCACACUCUCUUCUGGGCUAUGGCUGGUUUUGGUAUCCCGCGAAGCUUUAGACAUAUGGAUGGCUUUGGUGUUCACACAUUCCGUCUUGUCAAGGAUGAUGGUACUUCCAAGCUUGUAAAAUGGCAUUGGAAGACAAAGCAAGGAAAGGCCAGUUUGUAUUGGGAGGAAGCUCAAAUUCUUUCUGGGAAGAACGCUGAUGCCCAUCGACAAGACCUGUUUGAGGCGAUCGAGGCCGGCAAUGGUCCCGAGUGGGAGCUCGCUGUUCAAGUAGUGGACGAGGACCAGGCUCUCGCAUUCGGGUUUGAUCUGCUCGAUCCCACUAAGAUUCUCCCUGAGGAGUAUGCCCCACUCCAGAAACUAGGCGUUAUGAAGCUGCACACAAACCCGACGAAUUACUUCGCCGAGACCGAGCAGAUCAUGUUCCAGCCCGGACAUAUUGUUCGAGGCGUCGAUUUCACCGAAGAUCCUCUACUCCAAGGUCGUAUCUUCUCCUACCUGGACACUCAGCUGAACCGACACGGUGGUCCAAACUUUGAGCAACUUCCUAUCAACCGACCAGUCGUCCCAAUUCACAACAACAACCGUGAUGGUGCCGGUCAGAACUUGAUACAUAAGAACAUUCACGCCUACUCUCCUAACAGCCUAAAUGACGGCUACCCGCAGCAAGCAACACAAAGCAACGGCCGAGGCUUCUUCAGUGCGCCUAUCCGCAGCACUACGGGCAAGCUCGUGCGCGGGCUAUCGUCUACCUUCGACGAUCAUUGGUCUCAACCACGGCUAUUCUACAACUCACUCACGCCUGUAGAGCAGCAGUUCCUCAUCAAUGCCAUCCGCUUCGAGACCAGCCACCUGACCUCCACCACGGUGAAGCAGAACGUGCUAACCCAGCUCAACAAGAUCAGCAACGACAUCGCGGUCCGCGUCGCCACGGCGCUAGCCUUGGAGGCCCCGGCCCCGGACGACACGUAUUACCACGACAACACGACGGCGGGGAUCAGCAUCACCAACGUCACACUACCGACGGUCGCGACGCUAAAGGUCGGCAUCCUAGCGAGCACCAGCAAGGCCAACGGCACGAGCGCGCUCGACCAAGCCCAGACCCUGAAGACGCGGCUCGCGAGCGAGAACCUGACGGCGACGGUGGUGGCCGAGAGCCUCGUCGCCGGCGUCGACAAGACGUACAGCGCGGCGGACGCGACGGACUUCGACGCCGUGAUCGUGACGUCGGGCGCCGACGCCGCGGGCCUGUUCGCGCUGACGGCCGCCGGCAGCAUCAACCCGCUGUACCCGCCGCUCCGGCCCCUGCAGAUCGCGAACGCGGCGUACCUGUUCGGCAAGCCCGUCGCGUACUUCGGCGGCGCGGCGCCGAGCAAUCCGCUCGUUGCGGGAGGGUUCGAUCCGCAAGUCGACGGCGUGUAUGCUAGCGCGGAUGUGGAUACCCUGGCUUCGGGGUUGGUGGAUGGGUUGAAGACGUAUAAGUUCACGGGGAGGUAUCCGGUGGAUAAGACGACGUGAAUGAUUUAAUGCCUGAGUGAAUCCCGGCAGAGUAAGGG